AGUUACAGUGUUUUGGUUCAAUUCAACAGGAGUUGAGUAGGUCUGUGAGAGCCAUGGUGCGUGACUCCAGCACUGUGGAAGUUGCUGUGGCUCUCGUUGAAAGGGGCUAUCCGGAUGCUCUUUGGGACUCUCUUGUGCGCUAAAAGCAGGAGGCAUUUUUCCGAUUGCUGGCAGUUGGCAUGCCUUCUUUCAGGCUCGAGUGGAAGAAGCACUUCAGGCUUGCUCCUCACUGGAGGAGGCGGGUUAAAAUCGUUGAUUGUGAGUGUAUUGCAUAUUUGUGCUGACUUUCAGGUUGAUCGUUGGAAUGUCAAUUGCAGGCACCUUGUUGUUGGGAGUUGGACAGUUGCCUCGUUGGACAUGUCAGGCAAUCAGUUUUCUCGAGUCCAAGGUGCAAAUUUGGUGGAUGUUUGAGAAGAUGUUCCGUGAACAAAGAACAAACUUUACAUGAUUUGAUCUUGUUAUUCAUUUGCUAAGCUGCACCAACUUUGCGCUUGGAUGGAGUUUGAGAGCUGCUUCCUGGCUCAUAUUGUGAGAAUUACCUUGGAGGCAAAACAAGUCUUAGGCACAGUGUGAAACUUCCCUUUCAACAUGCCGAGGUGCCAGGAACGGCACACCAAAUGAUAGAGAGGCCUCGUCGGCGGGCCACAGGGAAGAAAGCACCCGGUGCCGUGCCCACACGUGCGUCUACGGGAAUUUCACCUCUUGAAGAGAUGGCCUUGAUGGCGGGCCACUCCGCGCUGCUACAGCGAGUGCUUGAGCGGCCUAAAGCCAAGUCAGAGGAAACUGGAUCCUCGGCGCCUACGCCCUCCGAAAUGGCGGACGGAACGGCGUCAGGGGACCAGAGCGUGGCUGCUCCAACACCUGUGGAGGAGACCAACGUUCAGAUGUCGCAUUCUGAAUCCCCGUGCAAGGCUGUUUCACCAUCUCUUGCUGAAGUGCGUGCGAUUGAGCCUAACGAUCAGGGUUUGAAGUGGUGGAAGGAGGCAGCUGCUCGCUGGCCAAAGAUCUACCAAAAUCUUAGGCUUGAGGCCUAUUUGAAUAUCCUGCGGCCUGAGUGCCCUGAAGUUGCUGAGUAUUUGGUGCAUUUCAGGGCUGGGUCCGUGUCACAGACUCCGAGAAAAAGACCUGCAGCACAGGGUGAUGGUGUGAAGAAGAUGCGGCAGGAGGGAGCUUCUGCCAUGGCUUCGGUUCCCACCCCCUCCAGAUCCUCAGUGGAUGGCCGCAGCCCGGGCAGAUGUUCGACGCAGCCAGACAUGCAGCUCAACAGCCAAGCGGAUGUGUGCAAGAUUUGCUGCUGCGACACUUCCCCUUGGCAUUCGGUGCGGCUCGCAUGUAGCCAUGGCUGGUACUGUGCAUCCUGUAUGUUGCGCCACGCAGAGGCUCGUUUGGAGAUGGGGGCUGCUUCCAUUACGUGUCCAGAGUGCUCCUCAAUCCUGGCUGAGCGGGAUCUCAGGAAGCUGUUGCCGACUGAGACCAUCGACCGUCUUCUGGCCAGAAGCCUGGAACAAGCGGUGUCUUGUGCCGAAGACAUCCGGGCCUGUCCCACGCCGAAUUGUCCUAUGCGAGUUGCCAUGGAGGAGGGAGGCACUACGAGGUUCAAGUGCACUAUGUGCAAAAAAGAGUCAUGUAUCCAAUGUGGUCGGCAACCCUUUCACAGAGGUCUGACUUGUGAGGAGUACGCUGAAAAGAUGAGGAACAACACCAAGGCUGCGAAGAAAGAGCGACAGGCAGAUCAGCUAUUUGAGCAAUGGAUGGAAGAGACCGGCACCAAACAGUGCCCCAGAUGCCGCAUGGCGGUGACUAAGCAGAAUUUGGAUCGGCAGCAGACCCAGUACUCCGAGUGCCACAAGAUGAGCUGCAGGAACUGCGGAACACGGUUUUGCUUCAAGUGCCUUGCGAUUCUGACAGACACCUACACGUGCGGAUGUACCAUUGAUGCCCAUGGCUUCAUCAACCCGGUCACCGGGAAAAUUGUGAAGCAUCUCAAAAAGAAGGCCAAGAAGUAGGUACUUGGUGCACCAAUCUUUGCCCUUCGUGCCGAGUGGAGUGUGCUAGGUGUGCCAUUUCAGCUCGACUAAAGCUGACAGGAAUUCGACAGGAACAGGGAUGUUUCUAGUGUCUCGAGUCUUGAAGCUGAAAAAGUAGGUGCUGAGAGAGCUGAAAUAGGUGCAGUGUUGCCUCAGUUGUGGUUUUUUAAUCUAGAGUGUCCAGGAAAUGGUGGGAGGGG